AUGCCUGCGCAAUAUGGUAGAGCUAAUGCUUUAAUGGACUGGACAAUGCCUAAAGGGAAUGGGAUUCAAGAAUAUUCUGGUGUAUGUUAUGGAGAGUUGGGUUGUUUUAACCGCACCGAUAACUAUAAGCACCCGAUCUUUAGGCCAACCAUUUUGUUGCCACAAUCGCCGCAAAGGAUUAAUACAAAACUCAUUCUCUAUGAGAGAUCCCAACCCGACGGACGGGUAGUUAUUGUCAACCAAUGGAUUGUAGGAAAAGAUUUGACACCAUUUCUGAACCAGACAUCCGGUGAACGCAAAGACAUUAAGUUUAUUAUCACUGGAUUUAAAGACAAUCCGUCGGAACAGCAAUGGAUUAAUAGAUUGAAGAAUGAGUUACUUAUUAAUGGAGAUUAUAUUGUAUUUGUUGUGGACUGGUCUGGUGGGAACGGGCUACCAUAUCAUCAGGCUAUUGAAAAUAUGCGGGUAGUAGUGACACAACUGUCUAUAUUUAUGACACACUUACAGAGUCAUUUGCAAGUACCAUGCAACAAUUAUCAUUUGAUUGGCUAUAGUUUGGGCGCACAUUUAGCCGGUUUAUUGGGGAAACAAUUACAGAAUUUUAAUGUUACAUGUAAACUAGGUAGAAUAUCGGGCAUGGAACCAGCAAGGCCUUAUUUUGAACAUUUGCCUCAAUCGAGACGACUGUCCCGAAGUGACGCCAAUUUUGUUGAUAUCAUUCACACUGAAAGUCGGACAAAAGGUCUUUUCGAAUGGGGGGCUGGUAUGUCACAGGCCAUAGGGCACGUGGACUUCUAUCCCAAUGGGGGCAGUGGUCAGCCCGGGUGCUCACGACAUAGGAUCUCCAGGUUCUGGAAUAAUGGUUGGACUGAAGGG